AUCAUUGUGCACAUUUGAUCAGCACUGAGCCCGGAGCUAAUACACAUGAGCGUCUUCUCAGGUGAUAGGAGUCUACAGGAGCCACCAGCUGAUUGUGUCUGCACUCCAGUCCAGGAGUUGUCAGCCAGGCCAGGUUGUCAGGCUCUCCUGUAGGGCCCCAGGUGUGCUGGAUCAGCAGCCAUUCCUCCCUAUAUAAAGGUGAUGAUGGAGUCUGGGGCCCCUCAGUGCAGAUUGGCCCUUGUGCUGGAGCUUCACAUCCCAGGAUGGCGCUAUCAGAUGCUGAGAAGGCGGCUUUGGAGCCCUUGUUUGUGAAGAUUGACGCUGACGCUGAGAAGAUUGGAGGUGAAGCCAUGGAGAGUCUCUUCCAGCACCAUCCAGACACCAAGUCCCACUUCACUCACAUGGACGUGACCCCUGGCAGUCAGGAUCUGAAGACACAUGGAGGGAAGAUCAUCCACGCCAUUAAUGAUGCCCUCAACCACUAUGGAAAUCUGCAGGAGAACUUGGCCACACUGCGGGAGAUGCACACCAACAAGCUGAAGCUCAGUGUGGACACCAUCAAGCUGCUGUGUGGUUGUCUCCUGGAGGUCAUCGUCAAGCAUUUCCCAGAUGUGGACAAGUCGGCCUGUGACAAGUUCCUCAAUGAGGUUGCCGUUGCCCUGAUCUCCAGCUGACCGGGAGGAGUCUUCCUCAGACAUAUGUCCAAGUCUCCAGUAACCAGCGUCUGUCCUCCAUGAUACUGAUGACGGC